AUGCCGAAAGAACAGUUCCGCGAAGCAGAUGUUAUUAAAAAAAUAUCGCACGUUUCAUUCAACAUCAACAGUGCCCAGCAAAUCCAGCAGGAGGCUCACUUGCAUGUGGUGGCCAAAAACUUGUACAAUCAAAAUGCCGAACGUACACCGGUGGCGUACGGUGUUCUGGACCGGCACAUGGGUGUUAGCCAGAAGGAUGCCACGUGCGAAACGUGCAAGAAAGGGCUAAACGAUUGCGUCGGUCACUUUGGGUACAUCGAUCUAGCGCUGCCCGUGUUCCACGUCGGUCAUUUUCGUGCGACAAUAACAAUACUGCAAUCGAUAUGCAAGGUGUGUUCGCGGGUGAUGCUGAAGGAGGAGGACAAGAAACAGUUCGCUGUGCGGUUGAUGAACCCGAACCUGUCCUAUCUGGCCAAGAAGUCUAUCCACAGUCAGGUGUUGAAAAAGGCCAAGAAACACACCAAGUGCCCCUACUGCAACAGCCUGAAUGGUCCAGUUAAGAAGGGUCCCGGUUUGAUGAAGAUUGUGCACGAACCGCUCCGGGGGAAGAAGGCCACCGAUCCGCUCGUGACGCAAGCACUCAACGACAUGUUGGCGGCGGUCGAGUCCAAUCGCGAACUAUCACAAACCAUAGGACCGUCGUCUCUUACCAAGGAGCUCAAUCCGGUGGAGGUGUUGGAUUUGUUUAAUAACAUUCCGAAAUGUGACGUACCGCUACUGGGAAUGACGUCGGCCGAUUCUAAUCCAGCUGACCUGAUCGUGACACGCGUGUUUGUGCCCCCGGUCUGCAUCAGGCCUUCAGUGGUGUCGGAAGUGAAGGCAGGCACAACGGAGGAUGAUCUCACUAUGAAACAGAGCGAAAUACUGUUGAUCAGCGACGUGAUAUCCAAGCACAUGAUGACCGGUGGCAAAAUAGAGCUGAUACAAGAGGACUGGGAUUACCUACAGUUGCACUGUGCACUGUACUUCAACAGCGAACUUUCGGGAAUACCACUUUCGCUAAUGCCAAAAAAGCCAACGCGUGGCAUAGUUCAAAGAUUAAAGGGCAAACAAGGACGUUUCCGGGGCAAUCUGUCUGGCAAGCGUGUUGAUUUCUCUGCCCGUACCGUAAUUUCUCCAGAUCCCAACUUGAUGAUACAUCAAGUUGGAGUCCCGGACAGGGUUGCAAAGAUUUUAACAUUUCCCGAAAAAGUUAACACUGCUAAUAUCAAUCGGAUGCGACAGCUCAUUCGUAACGGAACGGAGAAACACCCGGGAGCAAACUAUGUGCAGCAAAAGGGAAGCGCCUUCAAAAAGUACCUCGCGUACGGCAAUCGCGACAAGGUGGCACAGGAUUUGAAAUGUGGCGACAUCGUCGAACGGCACCUCAUGGAUGGUGAUGUAGUGCUGUUCAACAGGCAGCCCAGCUUGCAUAAGCUCAGUAUCAUGUGUCAUGUGGCGAAGGUUCAACCGCAACGGACAUUUCGAUUCAACGAGUGUGCCUGCACACCGUACAAUGCGGAUUUCGAUGGUGACGAAAUGAACCUCCACCUGCCACAGACCGAGGAAGCCCGUGCUGAAGCGUUGGUUCUGAUGGGCAACAAAUCCAACCUGGUUACGCCGCGCAACGGGGAGCUUCUGAUUGCCGCUACGCAGGACUUUAUCACAGGAGGCUAUUUGUUGACUCAAAAGGACCAGUUCCUCAACAGAGAGCAGGCUAUGCAGUUGGCGGCUUGCAUGCUUUCUGGCCCCGAUGCCAACAUGGCAAUCGAUUUGCCACGGCCCGCCAUUGUGAAACCGCGCCACCUCUGGACGGGCAAGCAGAUAUUUAGUCUAAUCCUGAAACCAAAUGCCAGGUCGUGCGUGAAUGCGAAUCUUUCAACGAAGGGGCGCAACUACACGCGCGGCAUGGACAUGUGCGUGAAGGAUUCGUGGGUCAUUAUACGGAAUUCACAGCUGCUGUGCGGAGCCAUGGAUAAAGGUACGCUAGGCUCGGGAACCAAAAGCUGCAUAUUCUACACCAUCCUGCGAGACUUUGGCGAAGAGUACGCCAUCCGGUCAAUGUGGCGACUGGCCCGGAUGGCGUCGUACUUUAUGAUGAACCAUGGUUUCUCAUUCGGUAUCGGUGAUGUUACGCCGAGCCGGAAGCUCCUCGAAGAGAAACAGAAGCUUCUCGAGACGGGUUACCGUAAGUGUGAUGAGUAUAUAGCGGAAAUGAGAAAAGGAACACUCCAGUGUCAGCCGGGUUGUACCGCCGAGCAAACGCUAGAAGCAGUCAUGCUGAAGGAACUUUCCAGCAUUCGCGAACUGGCGGCUAAAGCUUGCUUCCGCGAGCUACACCCAACCAACAGUGCCCUCAUUAUGGCGCAGUCGGGUUCGAAGGGGUCGAACAUAAACAUCUCGCAGAUGAUCGCCUGUGUAGGACAGCAGGCCAUUAACGGCAAGCGAGUUCCGAAUGGUUUCGAGGAUCGUGCCUUGCCGCACUUUGAAAAGUACUCAAAAAUCCCGGCAGCUCGUGGCUUCGUGCAGAACAGCUUCUAUUCUGGCUUGACUCCGACCGAGUUCUUUUUCCACACCAUGGCCGGUCGUGAGGGAUUAGUCGACACGGCCGUGAAAACUGCGGAAACGGGUUAUUUACAGCGCCGGUUGGUGAAGUGUCUGGAAGAUUUGGUGAUACAGUACGACGGUACGGUGCGCAACGCCAUCGGCGAAGUGGUCGAGUUUACGUACGGUGGUGACGGGCUGGACCCAGUGUAUAUGGAAGUGAAAAACAAACCAGUCGACAUCGAAAGGCAAUUCAUGCACGUCCGCAGCGUGUUGCCAUCGCGAGCAGAACCUCCGCUGCUUGGCGAAGACGUUUCGCGCAUUGCUGAGCAGAUCCUGACCAAUACAGAAUUCGUUGAAUGUAGAGCAGAUUAUCGCAAAGAAUGCCUUGCGUUUUUGGAAAAGUUUGGCAAUCGCUUGGCCUCCAUUCAACGGCGUUACCGUGACGGGUCGAAGGUGGGUACGGAAAUUGAACGCACUACCACCAGUCAGGUGGAGCAAUUUCUGCUGCAAGUGCGCAACAAAUAUAACAAAGCCGUAACGGAACCCGGCACGGCGGUUGGUGCUCUGGCCGCUCAAAGCAUCGGCGAACCGGGCACGCAGAUGACACUGAAAACGUUCCACUUUGCCGGUGUUGCCUCAAUGAACAUUACGCAAGGUGUACCGCGAAUAGUGGAGAUCAUCAAUGCCACCAAAGCCAUUUCGACGCCGAUCAUAACAGCGGAAAUCAUUAACAACACAAGCAUGGAGUUUGCCCGCAAGGUAAAGGCCCGCAUCGAAAAGACGACCCUCGGGGAGAUAUCUUCGUAUAUUGAGCAGGUCUACCGGACCGACGACUGCUUUCUAUUGAUCAAGCUCGAUCUGGAUCGCAUACGAGUGCUCGGGUUGGAAGUGAACGCGGCAACGAUACGAUAUUCGAUUUGCACAUCCAAGUUGAAGCUUAAGCAAGAGAGUGUGGAGGUGUACGGGCCGUCGGUGAUCAUAAUUCGUCCGGACAGCAGCAAACACAGUCACUGUUUGAACGCGGAAUUGCAACGGCUUAUCGUAGCCAUUCCCAACGUGGUGAUUGCCGGUUUACCACAGGUGUCCCGGGCCGUUAUUGCCGUGGACGAUUCACGAGGAGCACCCAAGUAUCGGUUGUGCGUGGAGGGUUGCGGUUUGCGUGACGUAAUGGCAACGUUCGGCGUGAUUGGUACGCAAACGAAGAGCAACAACAUCCUGGAGGUUUAUCACACUCUCGGCAUUGAGGCGGCCCGCUCGACGAUAAUGACCGAAAUCACGGAGGUAAUGGAAGGACACGGCAUGAGCGUCGAUCACCGCCACAUAAUGCUACUGGCUAGCCAGAUGACAUCACGUGGUGAAGUGCUAGGUAUCACUAGGCACGGGUUGGCGAAAAUGCGUGAAUCGGUAUUCAACCUCGCUUCGUUCGAGAAAACGGCCGACCAUCUCUUUGACGCAGCGUAUUACGGUCAGACGGAUUCGGUAGAUGGCGUAUCGGAGCGGAUCAUUCUCGGAAUGCCAGCGUCCAUUGGAACGGGACUGUUCAAGCUCAUCCACAAUCACGACGAAACCAAACUCGAACCAGUCGACGCACCAAUCUUCAAUAUGCUCUAA